AGUUUCAGUGGGUAUAACUCUUAAAAAAAAAAAAAAACAGCAACACAGGCACAAAAAAGGGGGAGCAACUAUCCAAGGAAUGCAGAUGAGAUCAGUAUUGAUCGCCCUGAUUCUUUUUAAUAUGUAUUAAUAAAUUGCACAACCUUUUGCACCUUCCAAGUUGUCAGGAAUGAAGGCUUUUACUUAAUCCAUAAAUAAUAUGGAAAACAACAAGAUAUUUCUGUGCAUCGUAAAGAUACUUCUACCACUGCUGCUGAUAAUAGUUAAUAUCAUUUUAUUAAAUCAUUUGUAGUAAAAUAUUGUUACUUGUAGCACUGUGCAAACUUUAAGGUGUUUCGCAGGACACUGUGUGUGAACUCUGUUCUGGCUUUGCCUCCCCAUAGUGACUGCUUUUAAUUCUCCUUGCCUUGAAGUAAUGGGAGUUCUUUAGGUCAGCUGCACACGCUUUGAUUUGAAUAUAAAGCUUUAAAGAAAGGGACUAGUGAUUUCAUUUGCGUUACUGUAUUUUCUACUUGGCGAGGAUGGUAUGAAGUCUGUGAUUGGGAUCUGCUGUAUGUUGCCAUUGCAUUUAAAGAGCAGAGCUGUCAGGAUUUCAGUGCAAAAAGGAAUAAUCUUGUAGGUAUAUAAAAAAAUAACCUUAAAUCAGCGCAGUGCACCAGGGCUGCUGCCAUAGGAAGCUGCUGGGCAGCACUUUCACUGUGGCUUUGUAGAUGUCGCUGUUGACCAUAGUUGUGCUGCAGCCCAGGCUGCCCAAGUACCAUGUGACCUGCAGGGAGGUAGCAGCUCAAGGCCAUUUUCAAUUCUCAUUGGCUUACUUGUCAUGUGGUUGUGCAGAGGCAUCCACAAUUACACAGGGAAUGUUUUCCUAGAGAUGUCAGCCUACAAAGGACACAAUCUCUCUUCUUCAAAUUCCUCCCCAAAAUGUCCUUUCCAAACAGCUCUCCUGCUGCAAAUACUUUUUUAGUAGAUUCUUUGAUCAGUGCCUGUAGAAGUGACAGUUUCUAUUCUAACAACGCCAGCAUGUACAUGCCACCUAACUCAGACAUUGGGACUUAUGGGAUGCAAACCUGUGGACUGCUACCAUCUCUGGCAAAAAGAGAAGUCAAUCACCAAAACAUGGGUAUGAAUGUACAUCCCUAUAUACCUCAAGUAGACAGUUGGACAGAUCCGAACAGGUCUUGCAGAAUAGAGCAACCUGUUACACAACAGAUCCCCACUUGUUCCUUUCCUACAAAUAUUAAGGAAGAGACCAAUUGCUGCAUGUAUUCUGAUAAGCGAUCAAAAGUCAUUUCUUCAGAGGUGCCACCAUACCAGAGGCUGGUCUCUGAGAACUGUUCUGUUGACAACUCUGAGGUUCCUGUCCCAGGAUAUUUUAGGCUGAGCCAGACCUACGCCAGUGGGAAACCCCAAGAGUACAAUAAUAACCAAGAAACCAGUUCAUCCUUAAUGUUACAGCUAAACCCCCGCGGCAGCUCCAAACCUCAGCUAUCUUCUCCUCAUCAGAUGGAUAAGAAAAUGAAUGAAAACCCGAGCAGCCAAGAGUCCUCUAAAGUCCCCUCAGUGGAAAGUCCAGAGUCCAAGUCUGCCUUACAGGAGGACAGAAGCUGCCUGGCUGAGGUGUCUGUGUCCAGCCCUGAAGUCCAAGACAAGGAAAGUAAAGAGGAAAUCAAGUCUGAUACUCCAACCAGCAAUUGGUUAACUGCAAAGAGUGGCAGGAAGAAGAGGUGCCCUUACACUAAACACCAGACACUGGAGUUAGAGAAAGAAUUCUUGUUCAAUAUGUAUCUGACUCGAGAGCGCCGCCUAGAGAUCAGUAAGAGCGUCAACCUCACUGACAGGCAGGUCAAAAUCUGGUUUCAAAAUCGCAGAAUGAAGCUUAAGAAGAUGAGUAGAGAGAACCGAAUCCGAGAACUGACCGCCAAUCUGACUUUUUCUUAAAGGCAGCCAUUGCCCCCCAGCAGGAGAGACUGUGAACACCCCACAUCCCAUCUAUUUCCUGUGAUCUAGAAUGUGAUUCCUCAUUUUAUAGUGCUGCAAGUGUCUCUAUGUAUUUUCAUGGGUAUAUAAAUAAUAAUAAAGAUCUAGCACAUGUAAUUUAUUAUUAUUAUUUUUUUUUUUUUCACGUAUGGCAGGGUAAAAAAAAGUGAAGAAAGUUUAUAAUUUGGUCUUAAAUUAUUGGGACUGGUCAAACCACAUCCAAACAAUGUGACUUUUUCAUGUUUUUUCUAAAGAACAGUCUUUUUGCGUGUUACUUUAUGGACCUCAGCAUUUUAACCUUCAUCCUAUUCUUACUGACUUUUGGGGACAAAAAGCACAUUUUCUGUAAAUGUCUCUGCUCUAAGUAACUGAGAACCUGUUUGUCUUUGUCAAUGUGUAGUUUAUUUGAGUCGUAUUCCUGGUAGAACUUUUCUUGUGAUAUGUGGCAAUAUCAUUGAGACAGCUCUGUGUCCAUAUUGUGCAUGUUCUUUGCAUGUCUUAUGCAAUAAACUGU